AUGCUCCGCAUAUUCGUAUCAAAGAACAAUCUCAAGUUUACCGUGUUCAUAGAAACACCCUCAAAAGCCUUUUCAGAUUGGUCAUUUCCAAAGGUGUGUCAACUUUACGGACUUGAUUUGAAAGACGAUUCUUCCCGGGCAAUACUUAAACAUCUUAUUGCUGAGCUGAACGCCCGUCUCAAGGCCAGAAAUGAAUCAUCAAAAUCGCAAUAUGUUUGGCCCAAUGGGCAUGGCCCAGUCGAUUUUGCAAUAGAUUUGCUCCAAACCGUCAAAACUGUCGGUGUAACAGAAGUAAAGGAUGAAGAUUAUUUAAGGGCAUUGCUCAGAAUGCCGUCCAGCUCGAAUCAGCUUUACCAAACCGUAAGCGUAAUGCAAGUGAGAUGGAAGGAGAUGCGUUUACAGGAAAGUUUUUUUGAAUUGUCACAGAUGCGGAAAGUGUUGUGUACGGUAUUGAGAGUGGAAGGUAAUGUUGAAAGAGUUCUUGGAAAUGUUGCAUGGUUAUUGGAGGAGGCGCAGAAACCAGACUCGGCUCUUGAGAUAGACAAAGAAAGGGAAAUCAAAAGGUGA